CAGUACUUUCACCGAAAAAAGAAAAGAGAAAAAAGAAAAGCUUGAGAGGAUUAAAACAGAAAGCGCUACGCUUUAUUGUUUGAAGACCACGACUUCUUUUUUCACUUUUGGGCGAGGAAGAAGAAGUUGAAGAUUGAUGUUGCACUGAAGCGACAGAUUAGAUUCAAAGACCCAAACUGCAAUUCUGCAUCUGUGAGGAACUCCAUAGAAUCUGCAGAAUCAAGUGUGGAAGAUCCGGUGGGAACGAGUGAUGAUGCCUUCUCCAGCUUACAACCCGCGAUCCCCUUCUCCUUCUCAACCUUCCGGAAAAGGGGAAGUAUCGGAUCUAAAAAUGCAACUUCGGCAGCUUGCGGGGAGUCGAGCACCAGGGACUGAUGAUGCAAAGCGGGAGCUUUUUAAAAAAGUGAUAUCUUAUAUGACAAUCGGAAUUGAUGUUUCUUCUGUUUUCAGUGAGAUGGUUAUGUGCUCGGCUACUUCUGACAUUGUGCUGAAGAAAAUGUGCUAUUUAUAUGUUGGCAAUUAUGCAAAGAACAACCCGGAUCUCUCUCUUUUAACAAUUAAUUUUCUUCAAAGGGAUUGUAAGGAUGAGGACCCCAUGAUCCGGGGUUUAGCUUUGAGGAGUCUUUGUUCACUUAGAGUUGCAAAUUUAGUGGAGUACUUGGUGGGACCAUUGGCUUCUGGGUUGAAAGACUCCAAUAACUAUGUGCGGACAGUUGCUGCUAUUGGUGUUCUGAAGUUGUACCAUAUUUCAUCUUCAACAUGUGUAGAUGCAGAUUUUCCAGCCACGUUGAAGCAUUUGAUGCUUAAUGAUCCAGAUGCUCAGGUGGUUGCAAACUGCUUAUCAGGCCUUCAAGAGAUCUGGAGUUUGGAGGCAAGUAAAUCCGAGGAAGCAAUAAGGGAUAGAGAAAUUUUGUUGAGCAAGCCUGUUAUAUACUACCUUUUAAAUAGGAUUAAGGAGUUCAAUGAAUGGGCACAGUGUAUUGUUCUUGAGUUGGUCUCUAAAUAUGUGCCUUCUGAUAGCAAUGACAUCUUUGACAUUAUGAAUCUUCUCGAAGAUAGACUUCAGCAUGCAAAUGGUGCUGUUGUCUUGGCAACGAUUAAGGUGUUUCUCCAACUGACGUUGUCCAUGACUGAUGUUCAUCAGCAGGUGUACGAGCGUAUAAAAGCGCCUUUGCUUACCCUAGUGAGCUCAGGAAGUCCGGAGCAGUCAUAUGCCGUGCUAAGUCAUCUUCAUCUGUUGGUGAUGCGUGCACCUUUCAUAUUUUCUUCUGAUUACAAGCACUUUUAUUGCCAGUAUAAUGAACCAUUUUAUGUCAAGAAAUUGAAACUUGAGAUGUUGACUGCUGUUGCAAACGAAAGCAACACAUAUGAGAUAGUUACUGAACUUUGUGAAUAUGCUGCCAAUGUUGAUAUACCUAUUGCAAGAGAAUCUAUCCGUGCCGUUGGGAAAAUUGCUCUUCAGCAGUAUGAUGUAAAUGCUAUUGUAGAUAGGUUGCUACAGUUUCUGGAGAUGGAAAAGGACUACGUAACUGCUGAAACACUGGUUCUCGUGAAAGAUCUUCUGAGAAAGUACCCCCAGUGGAGUCAAGAUUGUAUAGCAGUUGUUGGAAACAUAAGUAGUAAAAAUGUACAGGAACCUAAAGCAAAGGCUGCUCUUAUUUGGAUGUUAGGCGAGUAUGCUCAAGAAAUGCAAGAUGCUCCCUAUAUUUUAGAGAGUCUUAUUGAAAACUGGGAGGAGGAGCUCUCUGCGGAGGUGCGUUUGCACAUACUCACUGCAGUUAUGAAGUGUUUCUUGAAAAGGCCUCCAGAAACUCAGAAUGCACUUGGAGCUGCUUUGGCUGCAGGUCUUGCUGAUUUUCAUCAGGAUGUUCAUGAUAGAGCAUUACUGUACUACAGGCUUUUGCAGUAUAAUGUCUCUGUAGCUGAACGUGUGGUUAAUCCUCCAAAGCAAGCUGUAUCAGUCUUUGCGGACACACAGAGUAGUGAGAUUAAAGAUCGGAUAUUUGAUGAAUUUAAUAGCCUUUCUGUUGUAUAUCAGAAGCCAUCAUACAUGUUUACGGAUAAAGAAUAUAGAGGACCUUUUGCUUUUUCAGAAGACGUUGGAAGCUUGUCUAUUGGUGUGGAAUCGUCCGACAACAUGCCGGUAGCUCAAAGAGUCGAGGCAAAUGACCAGGAUUUGCUUCUGAGUACUUCCGAGAAAGAAGAAAGUAAAAGAGCCGGUUACAAUGGUGCUGCUUAUAGUGCCCCUGCAUAUGACUCGGCUGCUGUAGCAACUCAGUUAGAUCUUGUAUCUAUUGACAACCCUCCACCAGCUAAUGUGCCUUCAGCCAGCUUUGCAAUUGAUGAUAUAUUUGGGCUUGGAUUGACUAGUCAACCAACACCUGCCCCUCCACCUCCCACUUUGGAGCUUAAUACCAAAGCUCUUCUGAAUCCUAACACAUUUCAGCAGAAAUGGCGCCAACUACCAAUAUCUUUAUCACAGGUUUUUUUUUUUAUUUUUUAUAUUGCUUUCUUUGUUUAUCACUGGCUCACUGAAGUUUAUCAUCCCCCUUUUCUGUGUUCCCCAGGUCUUCAUAAAAAGUUGUUUCCAGUUAAAUGAUUUUCUGGGAUUUGACGAUCUAUCUACUUUGUCAUCCAUUCUUAGUUCCCUGACAAUGCUUCUUUCUCCUUAACUAGACUGGUUUUAGCAUUGACAAGAGCAAUUUUAUCAGCGACAUGGUUUCUUGUUUUCUACAGGAGAUGCCUGUAAGUCCUCAAGGCGUUGCAGCGUUGACGACACCUCAAACCCUUCUUCGAUACCUGCAAGGUCAAUCCAUUCACUGCAUAGCUUCAGGUGGUCAGGCGCCAAACUUCAAGUUCUUCUUCUAUGCACAGAAAGCAAAUGAAUCUUCAAAUUACCUUGUGGAAUGCAUAAUCAAUUCGUCAUCUUGUAAAGCUCAAUUCAAGAUCAAAGCAGAGGAUCCUAGUACAGCUGAGGCCUUCUCAACUUUGUUCCAGUCAGCCUUGUCCAAGUUUGGUUCGCCCUAGAUUCAUGGGAACAAGAACUACUUAGCUAUCUGGAAAAUGUUCAUGUAUACCUUAUUUUUUUGGUAGGUUUAUGAAAUUUUGAGAAACCGAUGAACAUGGAGCGGAUUUUGUUGGGCCAUUUCAUUAUUUUGUAUGUGCAAUGAGUAUUUUUUUUUUUCUUUUGGGUUCUUUUUUUCCUUUAGGACCUGUGCACAGAUGAAAUCAACUGAUGUGUACGGUGUACCAUAUUAUUCAGAACUACAUAUAUGUUGAUCCCUGUUACCGCAAUGAAGUGACAAAAUCAUGUUAGGAAUAGAAAGGCCUUCUAUGAACCAACGGUUAAAUUAGACGGUGUUUUCCCUUCAAUGUGUGUAUAUCCGGCAAAGUUUUUCACAUUUUAUACCCUCUUUUGUGAAUUUGUAUCGGUUCUAACUGUAAAA